AUGGCUUCUCUACAGCGAUCCGCCGCACCCCUGCGAAAGGUACUCACCUCCAGAGCUUCCGCCGCCGUCGUCUCGUCCACCACAGCCACAAGGGGUCUUGCCACCGUCCCCUCGCCCUCCGAUGCCGCCGUCGACAAGCCCAAGCGCAAGACAUACUUUAAAGACACGAGCGUCGCCUCGCUCGACGACUUCAUCGGCUCCAAGAGCGCCGCCAGCAGCGAUGCACUGAACCAGUCGGCCGCGUACGAGCUGCGCACCGCCCAGGUCGGCCCCGCGGGCAAGAAGCGCACCAUCACGCGCCUGCCCGAGUGGCUCAAGACGCCCAUCCCCGCGGGCAACGACAACUUCAAGAAGAUCAAGGCGGACCUGCGCGGCCUCGGGCUCCACACGGUCUGCGAGGAGGCGCGCUGCCCCAACAUCUCCGAGUGCUGGGGCGGCUCCGACAAGUCGGCCGCCACGGCCACCAUCAUGCUCAUGGGCGACACGUGCACGCGCGGGUGCCGCUUCUGCAGCGUCAAGACGAACCGCGCGCCGGCGCCCCUCGACCCCCACGAGCCCGAGCACACGGCCGAGGCCCUCGCCCGCUGGGGCCUGGGCUACGUCGUCCUCACAAGCGUCGACCGCGACGACCUCGCCGACGGCGGCGCCCACCACUUUGCCGAGACGAUCCGCAAGAUCAAGCACAAGAAGCCCUCGCUGCUCGUCGAGGCCCUGACGGGCGACUUCCGCGGCGACCUCGACAUGGUCAAGGUCGUCGCCGACAGCGGCCUCGACGUCUACGCCCACAACGUCGAGACGGUCGAGGCCCUGACGCCGUACGUGCGAGACAGGCGCGCCACGUUCCGCCAGAGCUUGAAGGUGCUCAAGCACGUCAAGGACGUCCGCGGCCAGCAGGGCAUCAUCACCAAGACGAGCAUCAUGCUGGGCCUCGGCGAGCAGGAGCAGGAGCUCAUGGACGCCCUGAAGGAGCUCCGCAAGGCCGACGUCGACGUCGUCACCUUUGGCCAGUACAUGCGUCCCACGAAGCGCCACCUCAAGGUCGAAAAGUACAUCACCCCCGACGAGUUUGAGAUGUGGCGCCAGCGCGCCCUCGACAUGGGCUUCCUCUACGUCGCCAGCGGGCCGCUCGUCCGCUCGUCCUACAAGGCCGGCGAGGCCUUUAUCGAAAACGUACUCCGCAAGCGUGCCGGCGACAAGGCGGGAAUUCCUACGCAGGCCAACCUCGAGCAGGCUGUGGCCAUGGACGGUCGCACCGGACCCUAG